AAUAAAAAAAAUACAGGUGGCAAUAAUAAAAAUGUGUCAGCCGUCGUUAAAAUACAAUGUUUUCUUUUGGUAAUUUAAGUUCAAAUUUUCCACGCCUCUAUUUAUAGAAACACCGGGUUCCAUAUAUCACUUGUAAGCCGAAUAAAAGAAAAGAAAACCAGAGUAGAAAGCCAGGUACUCUAAUGGCGAAAGAAAAGAAGCUCCAAGAACACCAACAAGAGAACGAAGCUCCAAUCUAUGGAGACAUCUUAGAAACUAUAUUAUCUCACGUGCCACUUGUCCACCUCGUGCCAGCCCGCCACGUGUCCAAGGCGUGGGAGCGCGCCGUCUCCACCUCCCUCCAAAUCAACCCCAUCAAGCCCUGGCUCACCGUGCAUGUCCAGAGCCCACGUGCAUAUCACGUGACAACCUCCCACGCUUACGACCCACGCUCCCGUGCCUGGGUUCGGAUCCACGCGCCUUGACACUCUCCACCAUGAGUGGCACCACGUGCAUCCACCGCGCGUGUGGCGCAUCGACCCCGUGGUUGCCAGCGUGGGAAGCAAGAUCGUCGUCGCUGGCGGCGUGUGCGACUUCGAGGAUGAUCCCCUCGCGGUGGAGAUGUACGAUGCGGAUUCCGGUGCGUGGAUCCGGUGUCAGUCUAUGCCGGCAAUCCUGAAGGACUCCUCAGCGUCUACGUGGCUUUCCGUUGCCGUCACAGGAGACAUGGUUUUCGUGACGGAGAAAAACUCCGGUGUGACGUACUCGUUUGACUCUGGCGCCGGAAUCUGGCACGGACCGUACCACCUUCGCCCCGACGACGGAGUUUUCUGCUGCGUGAUUGGAACGUUGAGGAACUGUUUGAUCGUGGCGGGAACAAUCGGCGACGCGGAGAACGUGAAGGGAGUGAAACUGUGGAAAGUGAAUGGGGAGUUAGGGUUUGGAUCGGGGGAGCAUUGGUGCGAGGAGCUGGCGGCGAUGCCGGAGGAGAUGGUGGAGAAGCUUAAGGGGGAGGACGGUUGCGGUGCGGUGGCGUCGGUCACUGUAACGACGGUGGGGGAUUUCGUUUACCUGGGGAACCCGUCGGAGCCGGAGGAGAUGGUGGUUUGUGAGGUCAGGGAAAACGGCGGGUGUGAAUGGUGGAGCCUGAGAAACGCGGUGGUGGAGGAGGGAGGUCGGAUGCAGAGAGUGGUGGUUUGCGGCAGCAAUGUUGGGCUUGAAGAUCUGCAGAGAGCGGUUUCGGAGAAUUGCGGGUUUGUUGUGAAAGAGACGAGAGAGUAGAUUGAAACUUAAAAAUGUUGAAUGCAAAGAAGUAAGGUUGAUUGCCUCAAUGGCAAGGGUAGUAAAUUGAGGGGGUAGUAGAUAAGUGUUUUGACUUUUGAGUAAUACAUACAAGUAUCCCUUCCUUGGUGGAACCAUUAUCUUUAGUGGUUAGUUUGAUAAAGUUUCAUUAAUCAUAUAUUGUGUGGUUGUUUCUCUAGUCAUUCAUGAUCGUGCAAUGAAAAUGCCUCAUCUUCAUCUUUGAUUCUUA